UCCUUCCGCCAAACCCUCACUUCCCCUUCCUUCAUCUCCCUCCUCCUCUCCUCCCAACCUCCCCUCUCUCUCAUCCCCCUCCGCCCUCCUCCCCACCUCCGCCACCGCCACCACCAUCUCCUUCCUCCCCCACCUCAACCUUCUUUCCCCGCCUUCGACCCCACCGACCGCCGCUGGCUCCAAUUCGACCUCUCCUUCCUCCCAUUCCGCUCCCUCCACCCCGUCGCUUCCGCCGCCGGCCUAGUCUACUUAUGGGCCUUCGAUCCCUUCCCCGACCUCACGGCUUCUCCCCCUUCCAACAGCAACAAAUCCCUCCUCGCUUGCAACCCUUUGACUCGCCAGUUCAAGGUCCUCCUCCAGCUCGGCUCCGCCUGGUCCGGCCACGGCGCCGUCCUGGUUGACUACGACAACUGCGUCAUGGACCUGAUGGAGCCCGCCGCCCUGUACCUGCCCGACAUCACCGCUGAUUCAUGGUUCCAGUUCAUGAGCAUUUGGGUGUUGGUUGUGGGAGUGGGAGUAGGGGUGUUCUCUUCGUGUUCCUCGAAUCAUAACAAUUGGGUUUGCUUGGAGAAGCAUGAAUGGGCGGAUAUAUUCGAUCUCAUCAAGCGGCCUCAUUUGGUGCGUGGGGAUGGGAAUAAGCUGCUGAUGAUUGGUGGGUUGAAGUCAACCUUCUCGUUGAACCCGUCUUGCUCGACGAUGCUGAUACUUAGGCUGGAUUUGGAGAAGUUUGAGUGGGAGGAAGCUGGGAGGAUGCCACUGGAGAUGUACAGGUGUUUUCUCGAAUCCAUCAAGUUGAAGGUGUUUGGUGGAGGGGACAAAGUGUGUUUCUCAGCCAAAAGGCUUGGGAAAAUAGCGUUGUGGGAUGAUUCUGGAAGUGGGAAAGGAAGGGGAAGGAGAAGGGGCGGCGUGGAGAUGGAUCGAUGA